UCCGUUGAAUUUUAAAUAGGCCUAACUACCGAAAGGAAAUCCGCAGCUAAAGUUGUAUGUUAUUAGGCUAUUUAAAAGAUACAUUUUAGCCUAUAUAUAUGUAUAUACACAGUAAUUGUAAGAUGUCUUUAAAUGCGUUGAGGAUGUGUGUAGUUUUGCAGGACUGCGCUGAUCAGCUGUCAGUUAUAGGAAACAUCAUACGACCCGCAGCGGAUACUGAUGGGAGCAAGUCGCAUGUCACAGUAAAGAGCUCACCUCCUCCUGACAACAAGUUGCAGAGAGACAGGCACUUUGUCGCAUAUGUUAUUAAUGGUUUAAUUGAAGAGCUGCCGGAGUCUAACACAUGUAAAAGCUUGAUAACAGCAGUGCAGGAGGAGAAGAUGAAGAAAGCACAACUUCUUGACAUAUUAAUCAGAGAGGAAGAAAGCAGACAAAAGGUUAAAAAUCUUCAAAAACAGUUGGAUAACAUCCAGAAGGAGAAAACAGAAGGGUGUGAGAGGCUUAAGGAGUCAAUCGCUCACCUGAGAAAGCAAGUUGAGCACAUGAGGGUGAGGACUGAAUGGAAGGUGGAGUAUGUGAAUAACUGUGCACAACAGCAGAUCUGUGAGGGACAGAACAUCAAUGCCCAUAAGGAGAAGGAGCUAGAGGAUGAAGUCAUGAUGCUGCAGGAGAAAUUAGAGGAGCAAAAGAGCGCUCACACAAUAAUGGAGGAUUUCCUUAAAAGACAACUCACAAGCUUACAGGAGAAAAAGCCGUUUUGGAUAAAGCGUUAUGAAAAAGAUAUGGAGGAGAAAGAGCAAGAGCUCACUGCUCUGCAGAACAAAAGAGCCAACAACCUGACACAACUUCAUGAGCUCUCCAAAAAGUGCCGUGAAAUGCAGAAGGUUAUAAUUGAAGACAGAACGGAGAAGGAACGGCUGCGCAUACAGCUGGAGAAAGAGCAGAGAGAGAGAGAUGCUGCAAUAAAGAUCCAGUCGUGGUGGCGGGGAACUGUUGUUCGCAGGGGACUGCGCUCUCCGAAGAAAUCAAAUCAGGCUAAGCCUAAAAAAGCCAAAAAGAAGAAGAAAUGACUUCUGAUAUUUUAGUGGCUGCAGAAUAGUUAUUAUAUAGGCGAUUGUAUUAAAUAAUAAUGCUAUUCAUGUAGGCUAUUCGUGUAAUAAAUCAACAGAACCUGACAGAAAAACUUAUUUGCACCCCUGUUUAUAAUACAUCCAGAAAAUAUGCUAAUGCGGACUUCUGCUGUUGUUAUACUUGUAUGACACUAGAUGGCGCAGAAACACCAUAUUUCAUUUCAUGCAAACUGUCAAGGUUACUUUCCUGCUAUUCUAUGUUUUUGUUUCUCGAAGAAUAAAGCAUUCGUG